AUGCCGAGGACGUCGUGCGCGCGCCACGGACACGCGCAGAGCACCUGUCGCCUCGCCGAACGAAGCCACCCCUGGCCCCCUCUCAGCACCUUGAGCUUCACCGCCGUCCCUGAAACCCAUCAGGCAUGCGCCCGUGUGCUCGCGAGCGCCGUCGCUGUCGACCACCUCGCCGAUAUUCCGCACCCGUGCCGCCAGGCAUCAACCUCGCCCGCGCUCACCUGGCCGUCCCCCACCUCGCCAGCAAGCGAUCUAGCUUCACCUGGACGCCGCCUACGCAGCCCUGCUCUCGCCUAUCCCCUUCCAACGCCGGAAUCGCCGCGCCAUUGUCGACCUCGCGGCAGACCCUCGGUCACCUUGCGCGCCUAUAAAAGGAGAGCUCAUCCUCCUCAUCUGAGCACGCCACUCGACUCCCCUCCCUCCUCCGAGCCUCCUCGCACUCUAUCCACGCAACAUUGCUCACCACCGCCGUCCAAUUGCAACAUCGCCUCCCGUGAGACGCCGCAGAUCAAUCCGACGCUACAGUCCACCCCCGGAGCUCCAUCGACCACCGUUGAGCUCGCCGUCGUCUGCAACGUCGACCUGCAUCAACGCCGCCACUCGCCAGAGUCCCUGCUCGCCGUCGACCCCCUACCUCCGCCGUGCCCGUGUCUGCCUCUCGACGACGACGACGACCCUCCGCCGUCCGAUCUCCUUCUGAUCCAACGCUUCUCAGCCCUGCGUACCGAUUCGGUAAGAUUCCGUCGCUGA